UACUGGGAUUGUUAGUAUUUUCUGUAUUGGAAUUUGGGAUGUUUAGAAAGUUAUUAUAUGAGAAUGGUCAAAAGAAAGGGAAAGCGAGUGUGAUAGAAGUGACUUUUUACGAAAUGUUUAAUAUCCCUGUGGUGACGUCACCACAGCCAAACCUGGAAGCCCAGAAAAAUAAACAUGGCGAAACUUGGACGUGGUUUGUAUUGAUUUAACUCAUUUCCCUAAAAUACUGCUUUUGUUGUUAACCCAAACGACGUUUCGACGAGCUUGGUGCUUGGUAAUAGAGAACCGGUGUCAGGAAAAAUCUUUCAUAUGCGUUGUUUUUAGCCGUGACGUAUUUGUGUUUUCUAUAACUGGAUGUUGUUCCAAGGUGCGUAAAAGGUUUGAAUCGUGAUGUAAAUUCCAGCUUACCAAAAAACGCCAUGGCAAGACGAGAAGGAUACUUCAUACUUCUCAAAGACAUAGAAAACCCAAGCCUUGCAGAGAAAAGUUCGUGGUGGAAUGUUCUAACGAGUUAUGUGAGCUCCAACGAAGACGAUGAAUGCGAAGUCCCAACUCAAAGGUAUCUUGCUCUAAAAGGAGAAAUUUUACAAGCUUUAGACCCCGAAAAACAACCGACAGAUCCCAACAAAAUAGCCUUACGGGGUGCUAAACAGAUUUGCCUCCGAUUUGAAUGUGAUCUAGAGGAUGUGGAAGCUAUUAGUGAAACUGAUGCCCAACUUCUCCUAGCCGUACUGUCAUAUCCGGAAAGACUGAGAAUUAUCAAUGAAGAAGGUGUGAUUGGUGAGUUUUUAUGCGAAGGAAGUAAAGUCAAUGUGGUUCUCAAGGAACUGAAGAAGGAGGUAGCGGGUGUGGUGAGAUACAUGGGACCAGUGUCCCCAUAUGACGGAAUCAUGUUUGGGAUUGAAAUAAUGGACCCACGGUAUCGCAGGGCGGGGACAUGUGACGGGGCAGUCCAGUGUAAUCGCUACUUCCGCUGUGCCCCCAAAAGUGGUAUUUUUGUCUCAGUUGAGCGACUCAGGUGGAAAACUGAAUUUGACAAGAAAAAAGCUUCUGAUGAUAGUGGGGCACAGGGUGAAGCUUUUGUGGAUGGAAAGGGACUUAGAUCUCAUAAAAUCCCAGAACUACAUAAAAGUGCAGACAAAAGAUUUGGAAUUCAAAAUCUUGAAGCCAAGGAAAAUGAUUGCAAAGAAAACAAAAAUAAUGGUGAAAUUUUACAAUGUUCUUUUUACAAUGAUGGAAAAAGUGAUAAUGAUAUGAAGCCUGAUACUACUACAGAAGAGGUUAAAGUCUUGCAAAGAAGUUUAUCUGAAAAGGAACAAUUGUUGGAAGAAAAAACAUUUAAAUUACAACAACAAGCUCUUUUUUGGGAGGAAAGGCUUAGUAUAGAGAAACAGGAAAAAAAGCUGUGCGAGGAGAAAUUAGCAGAGCUACAAUGUAUGGUUAGUAAAGAGAGUUUGAGAGUAAUUAUGCUUGAAGGGCGCCUAGAGGAGGAACAUAAAAAUUGGACAAUUCAAAGACAGGCUUUCCAUAGAGAUUUGGAGGAGUUUGAGCACAGGUUGCUUGAAGAGAGAGCAGAAAAAACAAGGCUAGAGGAAGAUCUUGCACUUGCACGUCGCCAAGUUGAGGAGGAACAAGAAAACAAGAACAGAGUAGAACAGGAACUUGAAGCUUUUAAAGUAACCUCUGCAGAACAACAACAAGAACUACAACGGCAGAAUGAACUCCUUGAAUGGCGUGUACGUGAGCUUGAGUCAUCCACAUCGAAUGAUGAUCAGGUCGACAAAACAGCAGAGGCUUGUGAUUGGAUUCUGAGUCGCGAUGAGAUUCAUGUGACUGAGAAGCGGCUGGGUGUAGGAGGAUGGGGACAGGUCAUGGUCGGAAAGUUCCGUGCCUGUGAUGUUGCUGUCAAGCAGAUUCAUGAGUUAAUUUUAUCACCACAUAACAGGCGCUUGUUUGAACGGGAAAUGAGUAUUGCAUCCAGAUGUCGUCAUCCAUGUCUUUUACAGUUCAUUGGUGCAACAAAUGAUGAUGGAAAGCCCUUAUUUGUCACUGAGCUGCUAGACACAAACCUUAGAGCUGUGUUGGAAUCAAGAGGCUUAGACAACGCUGAGAUUGCCUUGAUCAGCCUGGAUGUUGCAAUGGCUCUUAAUUACUUACACUUGAACAAACCAAUUCCCAUCAUCCACCGUGACAUUAGCAGUGCUAAUGUGCUGCUAUGGCGACGGGACAACUGCUGGCAUGCGAAGGUGUCAGAUUAUGGUGCAGCUAAUUUCAUGCGUCACUGCCGCACAGUGAAUCCAGGCGCUGUCAUCUACUCUGCACCAGAGGCCCUCUCAGUCAAUCAAACCCCAAAGAUUGAUGUGUACAGCUUUGGUCUUCUUCUCUGUGAAAUGUGUAUCCGAGAACUCCCAGUUCCAGGUCACACCCAUAGACAGAUUGCCAUGGUAACAAACACUGACUUGCGAGACCUUAUCAACCAAUGUGUGCAUCAAGAGCAUGAAAAGCGACCAGACAUGGUAAACGUAAUUGAUGUGUUAGGUAAAAUUACAAUCUAAAGUGCAUUCAUUUAUUUACCCAAAUAAUUUACAAUGGUACCUCUACUAAGUGACCACUCCUUAAGCGACCACCUAUUAAGCAGUCACCCUCAAUAAAGCGACCACCUAUAAAGCGGUCAGCCUCAAUAAAGCGACCACCUAUUAAGCAGUCAGCCUCAAUAAAGUGACCACCUAUUAAGCGGUCAGCCUCAAUAAAUAGACCACCUAUUAAGCAGUCAGCCUCAAUAAAGCGACCACCACUUAGGUGGCUACCAUUUUCCACUCCCAAAUGUAUUAUUCACUGUUAGUGGUCAGAAAAUAUCAUUAUUGGAUAAAUAACCUUUGGUGACAAGAAUAAUAGUAAAAGGAAACAGGCUAAUGUUAAGAGAGACAAAAUUUUUGAACCCUCAUUAACAGCCAACCUUUAUCGAGCACUUAAAGCCGCAUUGUCACCAGUUUACUUCCGGAGGUCCGACGGAAACCUCAACCGUUAAAAGAC